AAGAUUAUUUCUGGGGCGUUUGUAUGUGUUAUUUUCGUAACUGUAGUAUUUUCGGUGCCUGUUGCCGAAAAUGGCCAAGAAGAAACAAGAGCUGUAAAAACAGAGAACAUCCAAGUUGAUCAUCAACAUGACAGGCGACUGGACAGCAAUUUCUAUGCUGUGUCACCAUGCGCUGCCGCAAGUUCGAACAUGCCGGUAGCAUACGCCCCUGACAUGAUGUAUCAAAGUAACUUUGGUCCUUUACAAGCGAGAUAUUUCAACGGUGAAUACAGAUCUCCAGAUUACAUGAGAAGUUGGUACCGCACUGAAGAGCCCUAUCAAGAUAGUCGAGAAAUGUUAAGGUAUUCAGACGGUAAUUUUGUUGAUACCGCACAAAUGGGUAACAUGUUUAGACCUGCUCCUUUUGCGUUUGGGCCUGUUAAAUCAGCGGGCCGUUAUAAUGGACAAGUGGCAAGUCGUUUCGGGGCUGCUUAUGGAGUCUUCCCAAAUGCGAAUGUCGGCGAUUGUUCCGUGCCACUACUCUUCAGCUGCUCACCAUCCAUUGUUACUGGUCAUAUGGUGAAUCCAGAUUCUCAAGGUGACUACGACAAUGCACCGCCAGUGACCGGAAAACCUUCAUAUGGCUAUCGCGGUGUAAAUAGCCAUUACCUCCAGGGGUUACCUAGUCACAUCGAUCAAGCGACAAAUGACCAUGCCAGCGUUUCAAGUGUAGCUAACCAUGAUCAGAAUAGUAAAGUGUUACAAUAGGUGAAAUAUAUAAAAUAAAUAUUACAAUUAAAAUGUU